GGUCGCCGCUUCAAGAGACUCCGUCUGCUUCCCGGAGCCUGAAACCGUUAGGCUUGACCGCGACAUGAGCGCAUAUGCUCACUUCGGAUGGGGCCCUCACCAAUGCCUCGGAAUGAGUCUCUGCAAGCUUGCGCUCACAACCAUGUUGAAGGUUGUAGGACGUUUAGACAACCUCCGACGUGCUCCUGGCCCCCAGGGCCAGUUGAAGAAGAUUCCAAGCCAUGGAGGCAUAACCAUUUACAUGACUGCCGAUCAGAGCAGCUUCUGGCCCUUCCCUUCGACCAUGAAGAUUCAGUGGGAUGGAGAGCUACCGCCUCUUGCUGCGAACUAAGGAGUCGGCGGGUGGACGGGUUGGCACAAGUAUUUUAGCGUGUAUAUUAAUGUGUUGGAUUAGCCUAUCUAUAUAUGAAUCUCUUUUUACUUCUAUCUUUGUCUUUUUCCAGCUCCAAGGGCUUGGUUUCUUAGUACAUCAUAAAUGAUGAGAGAUGUGGUGGAACCGAUUCCUUUGCAUGGGUUGAUGCAUGGCAUUGUUUGUAUACAGAUAUCUGCUAGAGAGAUGAACAGUGUCAAUAUUCAUUUGUGCUGGAUGGGUUUUUCAAACUCACAAGGCUUAUGAAUAAUGUGUUAUUGGAUAUGGGAUGUUCUCUUCAUUGCUUCUAAGCGAGUUUUGAAUGUUGUAUAGUACAAAUGAAGCUGCGGCAGGAAGUAUAUAUCAC